CCAACUCUGCGCUGUAAAUUAUCCAAAAGACAGCAUCUUCUGUUUGGCAUUUCAGUCCAUGGCAGAGUCCGGUAUCCUGAAAGGAGGAAGAAAAGACCAAUGACAAAGACAAUGGAAGGGGGGAACCAGUAUAAGAAAGGUUUAUGGACAAAGGAAGAAGACAGGAUACUUACGGAUUGCGUUAAGGUGCAUGGAGAAGGGCGGUGGAAUCAUGUUGCUAAGAGAACAGGCUUGAAGAGAUGUGGGAAGAGUUGCAGGUUAAGGUGGAUGAACUACCUGAGCCCCAAUGUGAAGCUAGGCAAUUUUACGGAGCAAGAAGAAGACCUCAUAAUUAGACUCCAUAAUCUCCUUGGAAACAGGUGGUCUCUGAUUGCUAAAAGGGUGCCUGGAAGAACUGACAAUCAAGUCAAAAAUUAUUGGAACACUCAUCUAAGCAAAAAGCUGGGCCUCAAGAAGCGAAAUAGCCAUCUUGGUGUUUCUGGCCUCACAGAGUCCAUGGCAGUGAUAGUGUCAGAGACCCCAAGAACUUUAAGUCCUUUUUCUAACACCAGCAAAGUCAUUGAAGAUGAGGUAAGCACAGGCACAGGCACCCAGAAGAUGGAUGAGGCCUCAGACUCACAAGAAUUCGUUAUCAGCCAGAGUUUUGUCAACUCUUUUUGGGAGUCUGAUAGUAUCUUGGAGUUGAGCAGCCUUGAUGGAAUUCUGGGAUGGAACUCUUUUGAUUUUGCUUGACAUUAUUCAUUCCUCAAUGAGGACCGACAGAGUUUCUGAACUAGCAAGUAGGAUUACUUCUAUUUAAUUAGGUGAUAACUUUUCUUUGGUCAUUAAGAGGGGUAUGCUUAACAUGUUCGUUUAUUUCAAAAGAACAAAAGUGUCGUACAAAAGAUGUUACACAAGCAAAACUUUAUUCGAAAAAAGGAAAAGAAGAAAAAGGGGCAGG